AUGUACACUAACCUCCACUCUACCGAACGAUCCACCUUCAACAACAUCUCUUUCUCACCCAAUCCAACCAACCAUUGGGAUGGGCGUCCUCCAAGCGCAGAGGGGCCUGUCGUGGAGGCCCUGCACGAAGAAGACGAAGAUCAAUUCAACUUCACCGCCGCAUCUUCCUCUGGGAACAAUCUUGACGUCGAGCAGCGUCUUUCAGCUUCUCUUAUAGCCGAGAACUCCAGAGCAUUUUUAGCCUCCAGAUCGCCACUCAGCGACCCAGCUCCUUCAUCACAAUCCACCAGCCUUUCUGCCUCUCCAGCAGCCAUGUUUCUCUCAGCAUUCAUGAACCCCACCCCCGUAGCAGCCCCAAAACCCGACGACGAAGGCCAAGUCGUAGGAGGAUAUACCCUUGGGCCUAUCGUUGGUUAUGGCGCAUCCUCUAUCAUUAGACGUGCCUCAUCGCAAUCCGGCAGCAUUGCCGCAGUUAAGAUUGUCCGUCGUUCAGACCUCGUCAAGGCGGGCAAUGCACCACAAGCUCGUAAGAAGCUUCAGCAUGAAGCCACGGUCUGGGCCACUCUUAGUCACGAACAUAUUCUCCCACUUUUCUCUGCCGUACACUCUCCUUAUGCCGACUAUUUCUUCACACUCUACUGCCCCGCGGGAUCGCUGUUCGACAUCCUGAAGCGAGACGGCACGCCGGCCCUACUACAAGAUGAUGCCGGCAUGAUGUUUAGACAGGUCGUCCGUGGGCUGCGGUACCUGCACGAAGUGGCGAGAUAUGUCCAUAGGGAUAUGAAGUUGGAGAAUGUGCUGGUUGAUGAUAUGGGCAUGUGCAAGAUCGGAGAUUUUGGUAUGACCCGCAAAAUGGAUUUGACACCGGAUGACGACUCUGAUGAGUCGGACGAACUUUUCGACUUCAGUACAGAAAUUUCAGCGUUAGGAAAUGGCCAUGGCUCUGUUCACCGUGCUGUCUCUCUGGCGGCGCCAUCCAAGAAGCAAGCGAAGGGCAAUCUCCAUCUUCAAGCUGUGCAUCGGCACAAUACUGUCCGUCACAGGAAUUCCACUUCCACAGCCCAACCAGUCCAUUCCUUCCAACCCGGUUCCCUGCCGUACGCGGCUCCGGAACUACUUCUUCCUCAGACAUCCGACGCUAUGCGGCCACAUCCUGGUCAGGAUAUUUGGGCACUCGGUGUGAUGCUUUAUGCUCUUCUUACCGGGCGGUUGCCGUUUUCUGAUUCUUUCGAGCCGAGAUUGCAAAUGAAGAUCCUCAACGGCACCUACGAUAUCCCACAAGAUAUCGGUCGAGGGGCGGAGAGGAUCCUUCAGGGCUGUUUGGACCGUGCAGUAUCGAGCAGAUGGACGAUUGCGAUGGUGGAUGAGGUUGCUUGGGGAGUUGGCUGGGGAGCAGAGGGCGACGAUGCCACAUCGAUGCACGAAGAGCCUGAUCCUGUACAGUACCAACUUCCUGCAUCUGCCGCAGAGUCACGUUUGUGCUCGCGGUCUCGUUCUCGCCCAGCGAGCAUCCGAAUUCCCUCGGAUAACGAUAUCAACGACUGGCAACACGAAGAGCCACGCUCGCGGCCGUCGAUGGAUGCUGCAUCCCGCCGCUCCUCGUCCCGUGUGAAGAGGUCGCUCUCCCGCGCACCUGUGCUCACUGACAGGUCCUCGUCGGCGAGGAGUGUGAGCCGGGGUGUGUCGUGCCAUCCGAGAGGUGCUUCACCCUCCGAUCACCCUGACCAGCUGACAGCAGACGCGAUGAUGGUAUCGUUUCCCUCUUCCACAUCUAGCUACUUCAGCUUCGACGCAGAGGAGUCUGCGUUGGUCGUCUCGCCCGUCUCUUCGGUGUCCGAGUCAGCAUUGUCUACAGGCCUUCCUGGACGAGGCAGGAGGCCCGCCAAGCCACACCACUCGGCCUCACGGUCGCGGUCGCCCAGUCCUAGCGUCGUGCCAACGACACCACUCGAUGGGCCUAUCGUUAUUAGCCCAUCAACAAGCUUGGGUGUGCUCGAGCUGCCAGACGAACUGCACCUUGAUGCCGUAGCGGAGUCCUCCAGAGGCCGCUCGACGAUGCGCACGCUUGCGAAUCCUGACAAGGUGCAGAUGCGAGCAGUGCCUGGCCAUGAACAUGAUCAGGAAGAGGACGAAUGGACAUCGGGGGACAUUCAUGUGCACGGCGAACGCGUCCGGUUUUCGGGCGUUCCUGUAUCGCCGACCAAGGAUGCGAAAGUUGGACUGGGGUUGGGAUGGAGGCACCGUCCGAGCAGUUCGCCGCCGACUGGUACGCGAGCCCACUUCAACUUGCCUGUGCAUGGUCAUGAGACGAAGGGUGGACAGCAGACAUCGAGACCGCCGUCUGUGGAGUUUUUAGUCAACCCGUUGCUUGUGAGGAGCAGGAGUGCAGAGCAUACGCGGCGUGGUGUUUAA